AUCCUUUUGGAAAACUGUGCUUUAAACAUCACAUGAACACUAAAAGGCGUGAGUGGCAUUUUAGAAAUUGUAUUACUAAUCAGCCUACUAUUGAAAAGAUAGAUAUUAUUUAAAUAGUAAUGGAAAAAAAAAGUUUAAAUACUUUAAAAGAGAAAGUUUACACUGUUCUCUCCUUUGUUUGCGGCAGUCCCAGGUCCCUCCCCUGGUGCAGAGAAGCGGUGGCACCGUCCCCUGCUGAGCGGAUGUUGGUCCUGUUCCUGCGGGGCGGCAACAGAAGGCGUGCGGGGUGGGACACGGCUCUGCCCCAUCGCCUUUCCCUGCCCCUGCUCACCUGGCUGUACCUGCCCUCGAGACGUCAUGUCGCUCUGCCAUAGCGUCUGCGGGGCUGGCUGACGUCAGGAUGCGAUGGCCGGGACCGCCCGGCCGGACGCGACAUCGCCUUCCGCGACAGCGCCGGAGCACCGCGGCUACCGCAGCCUGCGGUGCUGCUCAUCUGCUGCUGCUGCAGAUCCCGAUCCUGCUGCAGAUCCCGAUCCUGCUGCAGAUUCCGAUCCUGCUUUUGCCGCUGCUGCUGAUCCUGCUGCUUCUGCUGCUGUGGCUCCGGCGUGCGGCUGCAGUCCAUCGCCCGGAGCAACCAGCACCGAGUUAUCCAGCCUGGCCACAGCCGGGGGAAUGUGGCAGGAGUCCCCGAGGUCACCGCAGCGAGGCUGAACAAGCCAAACCCGCUGGGGAUUUGCAAUGCAAUCAGCCUUUCCAGGUUUCUUUUCCACUUUGCUCCCACCCUGCUGUUGGAUUUGAGAUCAUGUCGGUUAAUAUUGUAGCUUUUGGGAAUGAAAGAGAUGGCUUUUCUGAGGACAAUCAGCAGCCGAGUCUCAUCUGGAGCUAUCUCGGGAGAAGUGCUCUCAUUUCCCAGAUCGACAGCAGCUUGUCUGCCAGUCACGUUGGAAAUCCAGUUUUUACUGAGUAUCAAGCCUGCGUAUUUGGAAAUGUCAGACUGGUGGUACACGACUGUCCUGUCUGGGAUAUAUUUGACAGUGACUGGUAUACUUCCUGCAGGCUCAUUGGAGGAGCUGAUAUUAUUGUGAUUAAAUAUUCUGUCAAUGACAAGACUCCAUUUCAAGAACUGAAGGACAGUUAUGUGCCAAUGGUAAAAAAAGCCUUAAAUCACUGCUCAGUUCCAGUAAUAAUUUCUGCUAUUGGUGCAAGAAAAAAUGGAGUGUCUUGCACCUGUCCCCUGUGCACUUCAGACAGAAAGAGCUGUGUCACAACCUCCGAAGGAGUUCAACUUGCUAAAGAACUCAGAGCCACCUACCUUGAACUGCACACUCUUGAUGACUUCUACAUCCAGAAAUAUUUUGGAGGAGUGCUGGAAUAUUUUAUAAUCCAAAGUUUGAAUCGGAAGUCAUCUGAAAAAAUGAAGAAAAGGAAAAAGAUGCAGAAGUGCCAUCGAGUCCAACCACCUCAGCUUGAACAGCCAGAAAAGAUGCCGAUCCUGAAGGGCGAAGCCUCGCACUACAAUGCAGACCUGCACAAUCUGCUCUACUGCUGCCAGUGUGCAGAUGUGGCCUUUUACCCUGAGGACCUCAGCAUGGCGGUAGAGGCUCACAAGAUCAUCCUCUGCUCUGUCAGCCACCUCUUCAUGCUACUCUUCAGGGUGAAGAGCCCAUCCAACACCCAUGACACCUUCAUCAUACAGCUGGCACAGAGCCUCUUCACAGUGGAGGUGGGGGAUCUCUUCCCCUCCUCCCUCCGUGAUGUACCACCCUGUGUCCCACCAGUCAGGGUAGUGGUGAAGGAUUCUGUCUUCUGUUCUUGUCUCCCAGACAUCCUCCACUUCAUCUAUUCAGGUGCUUUCCAGUGGGAACUAUUAGAAGAGGACAUAAGAAAGAAGCUGAAGGAUCCAGAUAAAACAGAACACGUGCUUGAGAAAGUAAAAUUCAUCCUGAAAACUCCAGGGAAGGUAAACACUAUAAAGGACUGCAACUCUCACCAGAUAAAACGUCUGUAUAAUACUUCUCUCAGGCUAUUCUUCAACACACCUGUGCUAGCUGAUGUAAUCUUCAAAAUACAAGGUUCAACUGUACCAGCCCACAGGGCAGUUCUGGUGGCUCGCUGUAAGGUUAUGGCAGCUAUGUUUAAUGGCAAUUAUCUAGAAGCAAAUAGCAUUCUGGUUCCAGUGUAUGGGGUUUCCAAAGACACUUUCCUGUCCUUCUUAGAGUACCUUUACACUGAUUCUUGCUGCCCAGACAAUAUUCUCCAAGCGAUGUCUCUGCUGAUCUGUGCAGAGAUGUACCAAGUGAUGAGACUCCAGCACAUUUGUGAGCUUUACAUCAUCACGCAGCUUCAGAGCAUGCCUAGCAGGGAACUGGCUUCCACAAGCCUCAGUAUUGUUAGCUUGCUCAAAAAAGCUAAGUUUCACAAUUCUGAUUGCCUUUCAACUUGGCUUCUUUAUUUUAUUGCCACUAACUACCUCAUCUUCAGUCAAAAGCCUGAAUUUCAAGAACUUUCAGUGGAAGAGCGCAAUUUUGUAGAGAUGCACCGAUGGCCUUCAAAUUUGUACCUGAAGCAGCUUGCUGAUUACAGGAACUAUAUCCACUCUCAGAAAUGCCACUGCACAGUAAUGUAAAGAGGCUGAAUACACACAAAGUGCAUCUCAAUUGCAAAAUUUCAGAUUGGGGAUUAUCUAGAAUAUAAAAACCACAUAAAGAGUGAAACCUGAUGCUAACCUCCUCUGGGAAUUACGUUCUUUGUUUUGCUAACAAAUCACUCUAAUUUUUACCUUGAAGCAUUGAGAAAUGUAUGUUGAAGAUUUAUUUUAAGCACAAGGACUUCAUAUUCAUGGGGAUUAAAUGUAUUACAGGACAGUG